GGCCAAUACAGAGCUGGACUUGCUCAACGUCUGAAAAUCAAGUCUGGAUCAGUACCAACUCUCCUCGGCUCAGCUACAAACCUCGAAAAACCCAGCUCAUCAAGUGCUUCCAUUCAGCAGCUUCUCUCAAGGGAUGUUGCCUGCCAGACAGAACACCUGGAAACGCAUACUUCAGACCCCCGACACCAUUUCAAUCAAGGUUGAAGAGGGUAUUGGUGGAGGCUUGCCCGCCGUAGAAGACUGUGAUGCCUUCAGAGACCGUAGCACUCAGCGCGGCGCCACCUCAGAGAGUCUGGGUGUGGUCGCCCCUGGCUCCUCCCACAUGUCCAGCCACAGUGAGGAACUGAAGAUUCUGAGCGUCUACGGAAAAGGGGAGGGCCCACUGGCAGAGGACGGCCAUGACACCCUCUUCACCGCGUCAGAAGUGGAGGCCCUGAACUCGCUGUCUGCGGACCACAGCGCGGCCAAGAGCCUGGAGCGCGCCGAGCGGUUGGUCUGCCGUGAGGAGCUGAGUGUGCAGCAGCAGACCCCAGACACCAUUUCAAUCAAGGUUGAAGAGGAUAUUGGUGGAGGCAUGCCCGCCGUAGAAGACAAUGACAUCAGAGACUGCAGCACGCAGCGCGGCGCCACCUCGGAGAGUCUGCGUGUGGACGCCCCUGGCUCCUCCCACAUGUCGGGUCACAGCGGGGAGCUGCGCAUCCUGAGCGUCUACGGACAAGGGGAGGGCCCUCUGGCGGUGGACGGCCAUGACACCCUCUUUGCCGCAUCAGAACUGGAGGCCUUGAGCUCGCUGUCUGCUGACCACAGCGUGGCCAAGAGCCUGAACUGCAGCGUACGGCUCGUCCGCCUUGAGGAGCUGACUGGGCAUCAGGGCGGCCGCAAGGGCCGGCCCGGUGUCUUGUGUGGAAAGGUUGUUCCCAACAAUGCCAAUAUGAUUGUCCACAUGAGGACUCACUCUGGGGAGAAGCCCUACAAGUGUGACCAAUGCACGAAGCGGUUCAGUCUGAAAGGCACCCUGAAUAGACACAUGAUGAAUCACUCUGGAAAAAUCACCAGGAAAUCUGCAGCUGCACAUAGACACUAUCUACUCUGUCCAGUUUGUUUGAGGACCCAAGAGUCUCUAUCCUGUCACCUGCGCAGAGUCUGCAUGAAGGAUAAGACACCACCACAGAUCCUAGAGGUGGUUGAAAAGGCCAAGAAAGAUGUGUGUGACCUCCUGAAGAAUGGACGGGCUUUUAGUUAUGCAGUCCUGAAGCAAAUCGUCUCAUCACCAAAUCCAUUCGAAGGAUUGAUUGAGGAGCUGAAAUACCAUCACUUGUUUGUGACGGGAGUCCCUCCUCCUCUGCCCAUUGGUAAUCCAAGGUUGGUCACCGAAACCCUUUCUGAAUGCCCUGGGAGGCACCCGGAGAAACAGAGCCAUCUGAUGUGGAAUCUUGCGGCAGCAAUGAGCUUUUUCAAUGUAGACAAGAGAAAACUGCUGGGCCUUCCGGAGAAGGGACCCGUCAAGAGGCUCUUGGAGAAGGGACCAGCCCUCAGUCAGUGGAGUCUUCCAGCCAUGGUGACCAUUGUGCUCUCCCUCAGCCUUCUUUGA